AUCUAACACACUUCAACUCUCUCAAAAAUCCCUCUUCUUCAUUUCAUAAAACAAAACAAAACUAGACAAACCAUACUUAGUUCACUAAGACAAAGACAACAAUGUCUUCCUCAGCUGUAGUUGCAGCAGGCUCAUCCUCUUCAUGUACCUUCAACAGGCACCACAACUCCAUCAAAACUCCUCCAAAGCCCUCAUCGAUCCCCCACUUCACCCAGAAAACCAGUUUCCAGGGCUUGUCACUCAAAGAGGCCAAAAGGGGUGUGGCUGAUUCCUUCAUUAAAGCUGAGAGUGAGGUUGUUGGUUUGAGUAGCCUAAGAAGAGGGCUUAAUGUCACAGCAAAAACAGCUGGGGCUGCAAAGUCCAUUGAGGUCGAGGUUGACAAGCCUUUAGGCCUCACUUUGGGUCAAAAGCAAGGUGGUGGUGUUGUCAUCACAGCAGUGGAAGGAGGUGGAAAUGCAGCAAAGGCAGGACUAAAAGCAGGUGACCAAGUAUUAUAUACAAGCAGCUUCUUUGGGGAUGAAUUAUGGCCAGCAGACAAGCUUGGUUUCACCAAAACAGCCAUCCAAGCUAAGCCUGACUCUGUCUACUUUGUUGUUAACAGAGGUGGUGCUGAUGUAGAUGUAAAACGACUACCAAAGCGCCCAGCUCCUCCUCGUUUCGGAAGAAAAUUAACCGACGCUCAAAAGGCUAGAGCAACACACAUUUGCAUUGACUGUGGAUUCAUAUACACAUUACAGAAACCUUUCGAAGAGCAGCCUGAUGGAUAUGUAUGCCCUCAAUGUAGAGCACCCAAAAAGAGAUUUGCUCGUUAUGAUGUGACCACAGGGAAGGCUAUUGGUGGUGGUUUGCCUCCCAUUGGUGUCAUUAUUGGCUUGCUCGUUGGUGUUGGUGGUGUUGCAGCAUUGCUUUUGUAUGGUCUUCAAUGAGACAACAUAAAUACUAAAUAUAUUCAUUUCAUUUAUCUGAGCUUGUAUCAUAAUAAUAACAACCAAACUCCAACAUUUUCGACUUUUCACAUCGAAAUAUGUUCUUGAGAAAAUUAUCAUAUAUCUUAACACUUUUUUCAAACAAAAA